AUGGAAGAUGAAAUACCAGAAUUAGUUACAAAUUUACCAUCAGAUGGAAUAAUACAAACAGAGAAAAUCAAAUCUACUCCAUUUUCAUCCUCGUCACUGACUCCAUUAACUACUUCAAAUAGGAAAAUUCCAAUAACGAUAGUUACAGGUUAUCUUGGAUCUGGAAAAUCAACCUUAUUGAAACAUAUUGGAUUAAAAUCUAAGAAAAGAUUAGCUAUAAUACUAAACGAAUUUGGUGAUUCAUCAGUAAUAGAAAAGUCAGUAACGAUUCAAGAUAAAAAUGAUAGUGUUGAGGAAUGGUUAGAUAUUGGUAAUGGAUGUUUAUGUUGUACUGUUAAAGACAAUGGAGUUACAGCUAUUGAGAAUCUAAUAGAAAAUUCCAAGGAAAGAAUUGAUUAUAUAUUACUAGAAACAACUGGAAUUGCUGAUCCCGCACCAAUUGCAAAGAUGUUUUGGUUAGAUGAUGGACUAGCAUCUAAUAUAUAUAUUGAUGGUGUAAUAACGGUAGUUGAUUCAGAAAAUAUUUUAAGAUGUUUGGAUGAUGUUGGAGGUCAUUGGCAUAAAGAACAUGAUUUAGAACAAGUAGAAGAAGGAGUUACAACUGCUCAUUUGCAAAUUGCAUUAGCUGAUACAAUUUUGUUAAACAAAUCAGAUAAAAUUAAAGAUUCCAAAAGUAUAAUAGAAAGAAUAGAAAGUAUAAAUCAAACCGCUCCAAUAUACCCUACAAGUUUUGGAGAUAUAGAUUUAGACAAGAUUUUAGAUCUACAUGCAUUUGAUGUUAAUUCAAAAUUUGUUGAGACACAUGCUAGUUUUCAUGAUCAUAGAAUAACAACAAUAACUAUAAACUUCCCAUUUUUUAAAGAUGAAACUGGAUUCAAUAAAGUGGAGAAAUUCUUCCAGUAUUUAUUGUGGGAGAUGGAGGAUAUUGAAAUCCACAGAUUAAAAGGAUUAUUGGUUUACAAAGAUGACGUUAGAGUUGUUCAAGGAGUCAGAGAUACAUAUGAAAUAAUUGAAAACGGUAAAUUAGUCGAUGGUGUUGAAGAAAACAAGUUGGUUUUCAUUGGAAAAGAUUUAAAUAAAAGUAAUUUGUUGAAAGAGUUAACCAGGUUUCUCGAUGAAUGA